AUGGCACAGGAUCCGAAGAAGAAAAAUAAUUUCUACAAGGUCGUACUGACAGGAGGACCAUGUGGGGGAAAAACAACUGGCCAGGCUAGACUAAGUACAUUCUUUGAAAACUUGGGAUGGAAGGUUUUCCGGUGUCCAGAAGCUGCUAUGAUAUAUCUGAGUGGAGGUGUGAAGUUUUCUGAUUUAAAUAAAGAUCAAGCCCAUCAUUUUCAAGAGAAUAUUAUUAAGACUAUGAUUCGUAUAGAAAAUACAUAUCAUGAUUUAGCUAAAACAUUAAAUCAAGAUAUUUUAUUAAUUUGUGAUAGAGGAGUGAUGGAUGGCACUGCAUAUGUAAAACGUGAAGAAUGGGAGAAGAUGAAGAAUGAUAAUGGAUGGAAUGAUAUAGAGUUACGUGAUAAUAGAUAUAAUCAGAUCAUACAUAUGGUAUCAGCCAGCAAAGGUGCUGAAGCUUUCUACACUAUUGCUGGUCAUAAAACAAGAGGAGAGGGCAUAGAAAUAGCUCGCGAACUUGAUGAAAUUACAGCUGAUGCUUGGGUUGGUCAUCCUUAUUAUGAUGUUAUUGAUAAUUCAACAGGUUUUGAAACUAAACUCACUAGAAUGAUAGCUGCUGUAUGUAACAGAAUGGGUAUUGAUGCAGAAGACAGAUUAGCACCAAACAGUAAAAAACGAAAAUUUCUCGUUUCCAGAAUCAAAGAUGGAGCCGAUUUGCCAUUUUUACAAGAAUUUCAAGUUGUCCAUGAUUAUCUUGUAACACCUAGUCGUAAAAUGCAGGCUAGAUUAAGAAGAAGAGGACAAGGAGAUCAUUGGACGUACACACAUACAAUACGUAGACCAGAGAUCAAUAAACAGAGUGUAGAAUUACGAAUGCCUAUAACAUCUAAAGAUUAUGAGAUUUUACUAGCCCAGAAAGAUGAAUGUCAUGAUACUAUAUAUAAAAAGAGACAAUGUUUUCUAUGGCAAAAUGAAUAUUUUCAUAUGGAUAUCUAUAAAGAACCAUGUCCUACAAGAUGUAAAGGAUUAAUAUUAUUAGAGACCUAUACAGCUAAAGCUGAUCGUCUGAAAUUACCUGACUUCUUAAAAAUAGAACGGGAAGUGACUGAAGAUGCAUUUUAUUCUAUGUAUAGUUUAUCAUUAAAGGAUGAAUUUCGACAUAAUAGAAAUCAUUUGAAUUCUAUCAAUUCAGUGACCUCUGAUGAUGAUUGA